CGACGGAGCUGUGCAAGGCUCUUCCUGUGAAACCGGCAGGGAACAAAGCUGACGAGAGGAGGAAGAGGAGAACAAUCUCCACAACGAUGGCACCACCGCAAGCGAGAAAGAGCAUUCACAGGCACGGAGGCAAGGCCAUUGCCUCAGGGAAUGGCGGCGAUACGCCCAAGCGCAAGAAGCCCCGGUUCAGGCCAGGCACAGUCGCCCUGCGAGAGAUCCGACACUAUCAAAAGUCAACCGAGCUGCUCAUUCAGAAGCUGCCGUUUGCGCGCGUGGUCCGGGAGGUGGCCCACGACUUUGUCACGAGCGUCUACCAGAGCGGCGGGGGCGCUGGGCUGAGGUGGCAGUCGAGUGCGAUAUUGGCACUGCAGGAGGCGACAGAAGCUUUCCUCGUCCAUCUGUUUGAAGAUGCCAACCUCUGUGCAAUCCACGCAAAGCGAGUCACAAUCAUGAAGCGAGACAUGGAGCUCGCGCGGCGCAUCCGAGGCAUCUGGGGUGGUCUCGGUUGAUUCUCCCCGUUGUUUCUUCUUUCCCAUAUACCUCCUCCCCUUUGGUGACGACUUCCUCAUCAUGUACAGUACAGUAAUUCAUAGCAUCGUCAAGAAUUCCC